ACCAAAACCAUACCAACCCAAAACCUCCACCCAAAAACCAUCUGGGAUAUGAUAGGACACUGAAAGGGAUCAACAGAGGACAUCGAGGACCAUUUGGAGGCUAUGGCAAGGGGGUUCUCGAGCAAGCAACACCAUUCUUCUUCACCAACUUUCCUGAGGAUUGGCCUAUCAGCGAAAUGUGGCAUGCAUUUAUUAAGUGUGGAAGAGCGAUUCAGGUGUAUGUUGCAACCAAAAGGGACAAAUCAGGACACAGAUUUGGUUUUGUCCGAUUCCUGGACGUGAAGAACUACAGAGCUAUGGAGGAGAAAUUGAAUCAGAUCAAGGUGGGCCAACACACAAUAAAGGCAAAUCUGGCAAGAUUUUCAAAAGAUGAAAAGCAGAGGAGGCCUUACCCUCCAACUCAUUCUAGUGCAGGAGCUAAACGACAAUCAGCCACUUACGCGGAGGUGUUAAAGAAUGGAACGGGGAAGCAAGCAGGACAAACAAGAGUAGGCCAAAAUGUCAAGUCAACUUGGCAAGCAAAGGGAAAAAGUCCAAGCCCAGACUUAAAGCAGGAAGAAUGGCACGGUCUGGAGGUUCAACCGGACGAAGAAGCUAUGGAAUGGCUAUCUAAUUGCUAUGUGGGGAGAGCAAAAUGUCCUGAGAUUAUUUGUACUCUACAGGACAAAUUUUUAAUGGAAGGAUAUUUUUCAGCUUCUCUAACUCCUAUGGGAGGCAAUUUGGUCCUGUUAUCAAGCAGUGAUGCUGCAGAACUGAAAAACCUUGUUGAACACGGGAAGGAUUGGCUUGCACAAUGGUUUUCUGAGGUGAAACCAUGGAACCCAUCAGAUGUAGCUUCCGAGAGAUUUACUUGGCUGAGAUGCCAAGGGGUGCCGCAGCAUAUAUGGAAGAGUAGUUUCUUCGAAACGGUUGCUUACUUAUUUGGGAAGUUUGUUUCAUUAGAUGGUAGUACAAUAAAGAGGAAGCGACUGGAUGUAGCAAAAAUCCUUAUUUUGACUCCAAUGCAGGAAAAUAUCCAAAGGGUGCUGAGAGUCAAAGUCAAGCAGUCCAUUUAUAGUAUCCGGAUUACUGAGGAACUGGGGAUUGAUAAUCUGUUCUCCUUAAAAUCAGAUUUUGCUCUAUGUAGAGAUGGAGGCUCAUUUUCAGAAGAAUGGUCAGACAACAUAAGCGGAGGGUCAUCUGAGGAUUCAAUGGAAGAUGGAGAAUGGAGGAUGCUGGAGGAUGGGGAUGACAUGAUGACAGCAUUGGACACAGUGCAGCCGAAGUCGGGGGAGUUUGAAAUGGCACCACUGUCAGAGGAAGACGUGGAACGGGUCUCUGAAACAAGGGAUGUGCAUGAGAGUGCAUUAAAUGAAGGAGCGCAAAAUUCAAACAAUAUGGCAACGGGUGACAAGGUUAGGGGGACUACCAGAGAGGAAGUCUUGGAGAAAGUGCAUGACAGCUCAAAAGUAAGAAAAGGAGGGAAACGAAGCCUGAGUAAUGGAUCUCAUCAAUCAUUAGUAAGAUCUGGAUCUAUGGGAAGUAUUAAUAAUGUUAACCCAAAAUUGGAUCAAGGCCCAUCUCCUCGGCUUGGAUUUGGACCCAAAAAGAGGACGGACAAGGAUGGGGUCGGGGUGUCCAAUUCUGAAGCAGAAAAAACCCACUUCACCGCCAAUAGGGAACCAGAGUUUCAGGGGGAAGCGAAAAUUACCCUGGGCAACCUAGCAAACAAGGAGGCUAAAGAACAGGCAAGAAUUAUGAAGGAUAGCCGACAAGAACAAAUUGAAGAGGAGCGGAGCACCCAGCCUUUUUGGGAAGGAUUGGCAAGUGACAACGAAAUUCUACAAUCAAGAGUUGAAAGAUUUGCAAGGGAGAGGAAAAGGAAGAAACAAAUGGAGAGACAGAUGAAAAUAAUUGCAAAAGCAAGGCGAGGUAGAAAGAAGAAGGGCAGAAAUCAGACCACCCCUUUGCAAGAAAUAAGCACAGGGAGGGUGACGUACAACCUUCAACAGAAAGGGGCAAAUUCAGAGAUGGAUCUAGGCACUAAUUGCUGGAGGGAAGCAGAGGAGCUCUGGUUCCUGGUGUCAACAGACUUCUUGAUUAAUUUCCCAGAGCUUACUCAAAAAGGCCUUAUGAGAGAUCUUUCGGAUCACAGUCCAAUUAUGUUAGUUAAUUCCUCCAAGGACUGGGGUCCUAGACCUUUCCGGAGCCUAGAUUGCUGGAUGGAACACAAAGAGUUUAAGGCAUUCAUCCAGGAGAAGUGGAACAACUACAAUAUUAAUGGAUGGGGUGGGUUCAGAUUAAAAGAGAAAUUGAAAAGGUUGAAGAAUGAUCUCAAGAAAUGGAACAGGGAGGUGUUUGGACAUGUUGAUAAAAAAAUUGAAGAGGCCCGAAUUGAGAUUAAGAGAUUGGAUGAGAAAGUGGACUCAAGGGACUUAACAGAAAUUGAAUUAGAAAAGAGAAAGGCUUGUUUUCAAGAAGUUUGGGAAUGGAGCAGAGCUCGAGAUAGUAUAUUGUUUCAAAAGUCAAGACAAAAAUGGCUACAAGAAGGAGAUGCUAACAGCAAGUACUUCCAUGGCUGCAUCAUUCGAAGGAGGAAGCUGAACGGCUUAAAUGGAAUCAGAAAGAACAACGAGUGGAUUGAGGACGUCCCUGAGGUAAAAGGCUUCAUUAAGGAAUAUUUUGAGAGAAAGUUCGAUGAGGAGGAAUGGGAUAGACCAGAUAUAGAAUUGAAGAAUCUCAACCAGUUAUGUACAGAGGAAAACAACAGUUUGAUCUCAGAAUUUUCAGAAGAAGAAAUCUAUGAGGCGAUUCAAUGCUGCAAUGGGAAUAAAAGCCCAGGUCCAGAUGGUUUUAAUUUUGCAUUCAUCAAGAAUAUGUGGCCAAUCCUAAAAGAAGACAUUGUUGCCUUCGCCAAAGAGUUUUGGGCGAAUGGAAAACUUGUAAAGAGAAGUAACGCGUCCUUCAUCGUACUAAUUCCGAAAAAGGAGAAUCCUCAAGGACUUGGAGAAUUCAGGCCCAUCUCCCUCAUUGGGUGUAUGUACAAGAUUAUCUCCAAGAUUCUGGCUAAUAGGUUGAGCAAAGUGUUGCCAUCAAUAAUAAAUUUGAACCAAUCUGCGUUCAUUGGAGGAAGACAAAUUGCUGAUGGGAUUGUGGUUGCAAAUGAAGUGAUCCAUGAGGCAAAAAGGCGAAAAAGAUCGACCCUGAUAUUCAAAGCUGAUUUUGAAAAAGCAUAUGAUAGUGUUAAUUGGGAUUUUUUGAAUAGAAUGAUGGAAAAGUUUGGUUUAUGCAGAAAAUGGAGGAUGUGGAUUAGAGAAUGUUUAUCUACUGCAACUGUUUCAGUAAUUAUCCUCUUGAAUGCUGUCUUAUCAAGUAUCCCAGUUUAUUUCUUCUCAACCCUAAGAGCCCCUAAAAAGGUUUUAAAUCUUCUUUCUUUAAUCCAAAGGAGAUUUCUGUGGGGAGGUGCUGAAGACAAGAGAACAAUAGCUUGGGUUAGGUGGGACCAGGUUUGUAAAAGUAGGAAUAUGGGAGGGCUAGGUGUCAAGGACCUUAAUAGUUUCAACUUGGCAUUGCUAGGUAAAUGGCAUUGGAGACUACUAUGGGAGAGGGAUGCUUUAUGGAAUAGGGUAGUGGAAGCCAAGUAUCAAGUACAUAAAAAAAGAGAUUAUGAGGGUGAGGAUGUGAAAGCAAGUAGUUCUGAGUGGUGGAAGGCAAUAUGGAGAUUAGAUAAGGAGAUAGUGUCUAAAGAAGGAUGGAUACAAACGGGUCUUGAAAAGGUCUUAGGGGAAGGCAAUGACACUUCAUUUUGGGUAGAGAAAUGGUGUGGGGAGGUCUCCUUCAAGGAGAAAUUCAACAGGCUAUUUAGAUUGGCUGAAAAUAAGGACAACGUAGUGAAAGAUUUGGGGGAAUGGAGGGAGGGACAGUGGGUAUGGAAGUGGAGGUGGAGUAGGAACUUACGGGAGUGUGAACAAUCUGUUUUGCAGGAACUUAUUGUAUUGCUAAGGGAGAUUAAACUAAAACAAGGACAGCCGGACCAAUGGAGAUGGAAACAUGAUCCAAAAGGAAAUUACUCUACCAAGUCAGCUUAUAAAAUUCUGAAAACCAACACAAGCAACCAGAGUCUGCCGCACUACAAAUUGCUGUGGAAUAACAAGGUACCAUUAAAAGUUUCAGCAUUUGCAUGGAAAGCCCUCCAAAACAAAAUACCUACAGCUGGAGAAUUUGGCAGUCGUGCUACGAGUGGUGGGGACUUCAAUCUGCUACAACAAAUGCGGGAUGGAGCCAUUUACAGCAACAUGUGGGCAUGAUCUCCAAAGGUAGUUCAAAGAAAGCAUGGUGCAUGAUUUGGUUCACUAUUUUAUGGUCAAUUUGGCUUGCGAGAAAUCAGGUAAUCUUUCAGAAGGAAUCUGUUUCUAUUGAUCAGAUUACAAACUUAAUUAAAUUGAGAUCCUUUGACUGGACUAGAGCUAAACUUGAUAGUGAACUGUUAAAGGGAAGCUGGUUGCAGGACCCUAUGAAAGCAAGCAAAACUAGUGAGGUUAAUUAAAAUAGGGCACUGAGC